AUGUUCUCUUCCACUUACAGCUCCAACCCUUCACCAUCAUCAUCUUGUUACCCUCCUCUUCCUUUUGUUAUUGAUCCUGACAAUGCUUUUGCAAGUAACACCCUCCUUUAUGACCCAUUUACUGUUCCUUACAUGGCCAGUAGUACUCAAGCUCCAAUCCCUGAUACUGUAACCAAUUUGACAGUUGAAGACUGUGAUGCUAUGCUCCUAAAAGAUGCCAAUCGCAAAUAUGGUGCCUCUUAUGGUAGUACUAGUAUUUCUAGUUUUCUCACAAAGAAACCAGCCAAGAAAGAUAGGCACAGCAAGAUUUACACAUCUCAGGGUUUGAGGGAUCGCAGGGUGAGAUUGUCCAGCGAAAUUGCACGCAAGUUCUUUGAUCUUCAGGACAUGUUAGAGUAUGACAAACCAAGCGAUACUCUUGAGUGGCUCUUCACAAAGUCUGAGAAUGCAGUUAAAGAACUAGCUCGUAGUAAGCAUAGCUGCAAUAAUGGGGUGCAUGCUAAUUGCUUCUGCUUCUCUUCUGAACUACAAGGGGUUGGUUCAAAUGACAAAAUAUUGAAGGGUGCUGGUGCUGGUGCUGGUGCUGCAAAAGAGAAGAAGUUGAAAUGGGUGGAUAAGGAAGAUGUUUGUGUUCAGGAAAAAAAGGAGCCUAGGGGAAAGGCAAGAACGAGAGCAAGAGAAAGGACUAGUUCAAAGAUGUGUAAUAAUGGGAAGGUGCAAGAAAUGGAGGAGAGUUUACCUGAAAAUGCAAAUCCUCAAAUCCUGCAGCAAUUGAUGUCACCUUUUCAGCCUCAGGGUUCUGCAAUAUGGCCUUAUAAGCUGGUUCAUCCUCAUCCUCACCCUCACCUACUGUGUUAUGAAGCACCCGGAGAUUCUGUUGUAAUAAAACGGAAUUUGAAGCCAUCUUUGCUGUCUUCAUCUCAUCCCCAAAACCUUGUGAUCCCUAAGGAACCAUGUUUCAACAAUAAUGAUUAUAAUUUAAUGCCCAGAUCGCCUUCAAUUUGGGAUGCUACUGGGGCCAAUAAUGACUGCUCCAACUUCAGCGCGGACUAUAUAGCAUGA